AUGGCCACCCACCGCGCCGCCAUCCUCCCCACAAAAGGCGCCCUCUUCACCAUCCAAGCCCGUCCUACUCCCCCCCCAAGUCCAGGUGAACUCCUCAUCGCCGUGAAAUCCAUCGCCCUCAACCCCGCCGACAUAAUCAUGCGCAACACAGGCCUCUUCAUACCCUCCUACCCAACAGUCACCGGCUUCGACAUGGCAGGCCUCGUCCUCGAAGUCGGGGAGGACGUCCCUUCAGCUUUUAAGCCCGGUACCCGCGUUGCUGCUUACUCUGCUUCAGCCUGGAAAGGAUGUAAUCCGGACUACGGCGCGUUCCAGGAAAUAUGUCUUGUGCCCUGGCAGCAUGCGGCUAUUCUUCCGCAGGGUAUAUCAUGGCAUCAUGCCGCGACUUUGCCGGUUGCCGUGCAGGUGCCGCUUAGUGCGUGGGAUGCGAUGGGGAUCCCACGCACUGGUAAAGACACUGCUUCUGGUAUCGAGAAAAGGGAGGCUCUUUUGAUCUGGGGUGCGUCGUCGAGCGUCGGCACGAUGGGCGUGCAGACAGCCCGGAUUCUGCGUGUUGAUCCGAGUUCUUUCAUUGCAGCUGUGUACGCCGUCGCUGGAGCAGAAAAUCUGAACUACGUGCGUUCGCUCGGUGCAGACCGCGUAUUUGACUACAAAGACCCCUGCGUCGUGGAUGCUAUUAUCUCAGCAGCUCGACAGGAUGGGCUGGUAAUCAAGCAUUGCUUCCUCGCUACAGGCGAUCUAGCAUCCUGUCAAGCUGUGCUGAGGGGAUUCAUUGCCAAGACAAAGACGGCAAAGAUUGCAUCGGCACCACCUGUCCCGUCUGAUGCGGAGGUCAUUGAGGGGCUGGAGACAAUCUUUGUUAUGCCGUCGAACGCCGAAGAGGAGAGGCUGGAGCAGUUCCGGUCCUGGAUGACAUGGCUGAGUGAGAACAUCGAGAAAGGGACCAUCAGGCCAAGUCCUGAACCAAAGGUCGUCGGAAAAGGAUUGGAGGCUAUUAACGAAGGAUUAGAUGAAUUGGCACUGGGCGUGAGCUGUACGAAGUUGGUUGUGGAGGUUUCUUGGUAA